AUGCCAAUGACUUGGGACGAGAACGCUGACGCCCGGCUGUUCGCUGGUCUACUAACCACGCACGAUAUCACUGUGGACUACAAGAAACUGGCAGCGUUCAUGGGCAACGGUAAGAAUCCUCCUCUCGUCCCCUUCACACUCAUUGUCAAAUACGAAUCUAACAUCUCCAUCACUUUAGGCUGUACCCCCAAGGCCAUCACUCACCGCAUCUCCAAAAUUCGUUCUAUUGCGAAGACUAUCAUCAAUACCGGCAACGACAAUGGUAUGGGUACUGCUACUGCUGCUACUCCUACUCCUACGCCUACUGGAAAGCGUGGUUACACCAAAGCUACUACAGCCGCAAAGCCAGACUCAGAGGAACAUCCGGCGAAGAAGCAGAAAUGCCCAGCGAAGCCGAACAAGAAGACCAAGGCAGCUCCCGUCAUGGCCAAGAUUGAAGAUGGCGACGACGAAGAUUUUGAGCACGACAACAAUAAUCAUGACAAUUGGAAUGGGAACUUCAUCAAGGCCGAGAACUAG